AUGUCAGUAAGCAACAUCGAUUCAAUCGACAAUUUUGUUCAUUUUAUAAGUUGCCCACAGUUAACGGUUGUCCAUUUUUCUACUGAUUGGGCAGAGCAGUGCCCUCAAAUAACAUCAGUGCUAGAAGAACUUGCUGCAGUUCCAGAAAUAAAGUCUAGUGGUACAAAAUUUGGCGCAUGUAACGCUGAAAGUCUUUCAGAAAUCUCACUUAAAUAUAAGGUUGAUUCCGUUCCCACAGUAAUACUUUUCAAAAACAGCACACAAGUUGAUAGAGUUGAUGGGGCUGAUAUUGCACAAAUUACCUCAAAGGUAAAAACUCUUAGUUGUGGCAAAUCUGCACCAACUACAACUACCCCUAAACAAUCCCUAGAGGAAAGACUGAAAGCUUUAAUUAAUAAACACAAUGUGAUGAUAUUCAUGAAAGGCAACAGAGAUGCACCAAGAUGUGGAUUUAGUCGAACUCUUAUACAAAUCAUCAAUGAAACUGGGGUACAGUAUGAUACUUUUGAUAUUUUAACUGAUGAAGAAGUAAGACAAGGUCUUAAGGAAUAUUCUGAUUGGCCAACAUAUCCACAACUUUAUGUAAAAGGAGAACUGAUUGGAGGGUUAGAUAUAAUUAAAGAAUUGCUAGCCAAUGGUGAAUUGGAGUCAACAUUAAAAGCA